AUGGCCGAGGACGCGAGCCUGCCUCCACCCGAGCCCCCCUCGGAAAAGGUCGAUAGCAGCCAGAUCGAGGGUGAUUUCGCGGCCGCCUCAUCGCAGUAUGUCAUCGACCCGGCCAUCGAGAAGCGCGUGGUGCGCAAGGUCGACACGCGAGUCGUGCCCCUCGUCAUGGCCCUCUAUCUGCUUGCCUUUCUCGACCGCUCUAAUAUCGGAAACGCACGCAUUGCCGGCAUGAGCGAGGAUCUACACCUCGUUGGCGAUCGCUACGACUGGCUGCUCACCAUCUUUUACAUCCCAUAUAUCGUCUUUGAGUUUCAAGCCAUCAUGUGGAAAGUCAUUCCGCCGCAUCGGUGGGCAGCCAUUACGGUCCUUGCCUGGGGCCUCGUGUCGACCGUGCAAGCGGUCGUCCACUCUUGGGGGGCGGAAAUGGCCCUGCGCUUCCUCAUGGGCGCCGCCGAGGCCGGCUACGGCCCUGGCAUACCGUACCUGCUCUCCUUCUUCUACCUGCGCCACGAGCUCGGCCUCCGCUGCGGCAUCUUCCUGGCCGCGGCGCCGCUCGCAAACACCUUUUCGGGCGCGCUGGCCUUUGGCAUCACCUCUGGCAGCCCGAGCAUCGCCAAGUGGCGCGUCUUGUUCCUCGUGGAGGGCCUGCCCACCAUCCUCAUGGCAACCGUCGCGUACUAUUACCUGCCGGACUCGCCGGAAAAGGCAAAGUUUCUCACCGAGGACGAGCAGCGCGUCGCCAAGGCGCGGAGCGUCCGUCAGGCAGGCGCCGGCACCCGCAUCGGCGGCGUCGACUGGCCCGACUUCUUCAGGGGUCUGCUCGACUACAAGGCGUGGCUCACUGCGCUCAUGUACUUUAGCUGCAAUGUUAGCUUCGCUUCGCUCCCCGUCUUCCUGCCUACCAUUCUGAGCGAGAUGGGCUUUACGCGAGAAGCAGCACAAGGGCUGACGGCGCCACCAUUCUUUUUGUCGUUCCUCGUCACCAUCAUCACCCCUUACAUUGCGGACCGGACGCAGCAGCGAGCGCUUAUGCUCAUCAUUCUCACUUCCGUCGGAGGCGUCGGCUACAUCCUGCUCGCCACUGUCAAGUCCGUGGGGGGGCGAUACUUUGGCGUGUUUCUUGCUGCGGGAGGCAUAUUCCCCGCCAUUGCGAAUAUUCUCCCCUGGGUCCUCAACAACCAAGGCAGCGACACGCGUCGCGGUGCGGGCAUCGUCCUCCUCAACAUCAUCGGCCAGUGCGGACCACUUCUCGGUACCCGCAUGUAUCCGCAAAAAGAAGGCCCCUUCUUCGUAAAAGGCCAGUCCAUUUGUGCCGGCUUCAUGUUCUUCACCACGUUUCUCGUGAUUACGCUGCGAACCUGCCUCGUGUGGGAGAACAAGAAGCUUGACCGGCAGUACGGCACCGUGGAGGAGCAGAGGGCGAGGAUGACGGGGUCGCAUGUUCCGGGGGAGAAACCCGGCGCGGAGGUGGCGGUGGAGAAUUACGGGAGCUUGUUUAGAUAUGUCUUGUAA